AUGUCAAAAAAGAAGAUUGUCAUCAGCGAGUACAACGUGUCUGGUCUUCGCCUCAGGCCGUUCAACUUACUCUGGGGCGGACCUCUGCUGGUCAAGGACCGUAAAUCUCGACAGAAGCAGCAAGAACAGGAGAGCAACACACAGCCACCGUCCGUCCUCGAGGCUCCUCCCGCUGCAGAAGAAGCGCAGGCUGAAGCGCCUCCUCCGGCCGAUCCUGUGAUACCGGUAGAGCCUGACACCCCCGCGGCAGGCACUGUGAAGAUUGAAGCAGAUACGAAAAGCAAAGAAAAAAAGAAGCACAAGAAGCAUCGCCCCAAACAGUACUACGAAAUCGAAAGCGACAGUGACAGCAGCAGCAGGGGACACGGCAACACCAAAGAAGACGAGCCACAAGUGCCCUCGUCCGCCACUGCUCUUACAGAUGGUGAUGUCGUCGCGGAUCCAAAAGCCCAGAAUGAAGUAGACGAAGGCAACGCAGGCAACGCAGGCAACGCGGGCAACGCAGACCAGAGCAACGGUACAGUCGGUGGCGAUUCCGUUGUCGUGGAAAGCAACGUGAUGCCGACUCUCCAGGAUGCAACUAAUCCUCUUCCUGGGGUCGAUCUGCGUGCAGACUUCUUGGCCUCAUCUGGCGCCUAUCCAUCGCAGUUUCCCCCCAGCUUCCAUCGCAGCGACCACAACGUGCCUUCAUAUCUGCCAGAGUUUGCAGACACGCAAUCUCGUCCCUACCCCUACCCUUCCUACCCGGCAUAUCCCUAUGGAUAUUGCCCGUAUCCUAUGUGUCCCUACCCACACAUGACACCUCCGAUGGCUGGCUAUUUGCAGCCUCAUCUGCCACUGAUCUCACCCUACGCCUCAGCGGGCGCUGAAUUUGUUCCUGAUGCUGAUAUGCAGGGAAAUAGAGGCGAAGCAGCCGUUGCUGAUGCAAACGCCCAGAACGAUGGUGGGAAUGGCUCCGCCCCAUGGCAUGACAAGGAACUGACCACUGGUGACAACAUGAACAAAGCCGAAGGCGAAGACGAGGCAGUCGAGACAAGCAACGAUCAGAUCGACAACUGGGGCAUCAAAUGGGACGACAGCGGCUUGGAUGAGACCUGUGUAGGUACUACAAACAACGGUUCCUGGAGUUGUAAGCCAGCAGACACCGAGGGCAGCGCCGAUCGAUCGCCGACAUGGACGGCUAGCGACCUAGCCCUACUCGGACGUCUGCACACUCAACAGGUCACAGACAGGUGGCGAGACCUGCAGACAGCGUUUUAUAACGAGACCGGGAGAAUGGUGGACUUGGAAGUGCUUAAAAGCACGGCAGAAAACACCGAUGAUGGCCACGGCGAGGCUUGGGUCAAGAAGGCCAUACUGUAG